UUACUAGCACGUGUAAACCACAAAGAUCUAAACUGCUUACGCUGGAUGUUGAGGAGGCCAAGUCAACUGAUUCAGAAGAAAACAUUCUGAAAAGGACCGAAUACGGCAUCGCUGGAAUUCACUUUGUCUUUCCGGAAUCCCUCUCUCCGGAAUUUCCCUUGCUUUCCGGAAUCCAUCCGGAUACCCAAGUCGUCCAGAAUUUACGCGGUGACAAGAUUUCAGGAGCAAUAGUUUUGUCUCCGGAACUUCCAAUCCGGAAUUAAUUCCGAAAAAAAAUCCGGAUUCUACCAUGACGGGCGGCAUCAGCAACGUGACGAACAGUACGGACAUCCGGGACAUGCAGUCGCGGGUGUUUGUGGGUAACCUGAACACGGUGAAGGUGUCCAAGGCGGAAGUGGAGAGCCUGUUCUCUCGGUACGGUCGGAUACGGGGGUUCUCUAUACACAAGGGGUACGCGUUCGUGCAGUACACGGACGAGGCUGAGGCCCGGGCGGCGGUGGCGGGGGAGGACGGCAGGGAGAUAGCCGGGCAGAUCCUCGACUGUAACCUGGUAUCCGAACCCAAACCCGACCGACCCAGAGCAACAAAAAGAGCAACUACACCUAUUAACGGCAGGACGACUAUGGAGGACCAUGCCAUCACUGUCCUAUCUCCUCUGCUGCUCCGAGAAUUCUGUCACUUACGGGAACCCCCCAACAGAUAUCUUGAUCUGUGGCCGCUGUAAGGACAUGUUCUCCACCCUAGAGCGGCUACGUCAUCACAAGUUGGUGGGGUGCCGGCCGCAUCCCAGCUGCCCCUGCGGCAAGGCUGACGUCAACACAG